AUGAACCCUCUAACUGACCACUAUGGGAAAUUGACCAGGAAAGACUGCAACCCAGCCUUUGGAAGGAAAUACACCCUACUCAUACACCACUCGAUAAUGAACAAGACUGCCAUGGACGGAAUCAUGGAACCGGGAACCAAAUACAUCGGCAUCAUUCGCGAGCCCCUGAAACAUUUUCGCUCGAUUUUCUUUUGGCAACAACGCCGAUUACGUAACCACAGUAAUCCACUGGGGGCAUUUCUAAAUAUGAGUGAGAAUUUCGAGCUUGGCAAGAAGUCUUCAUAUUCAAAGUAUCACAAUUUUCAAGCGCACACCUUGGGUUUCCCAACGAAACUUAUGGCAAGCAGAAAUACAAGUCAGCACUACGAGGCACUAAGGACCGUUGCAGGUUGGUAUUCGAUUGUCCUGAUAACAGAGUACUGGGAGGAGUCACUGGUACUGCUGAGAAGGAAGUUUUGCUGGACCAUGUUCGACAUACUUCACUCGACAAAGAAGCUCCACCAUCUAAAUUCUGUAAAACAACUCAAAGAACAUGCCCCACUGACCGACAAACAGAAAGACACCCACAGAAAAAUGAGCAACAUAGAUUAUAUGAUGUAUGACUACUUUAAUAACACGUUUUGGCAACUUGUGGCUGCGGAAGGACCGGACUUUUGGGAAGAGGUGGCGUAUUACAAGACUCUGAACCAUGAGGUGAACGAACAUUGUGACUCAACUAACAGGGCAAGGGUCUUUCCUGCCGGCAAAUGGACCCAGGAAUUUAUGAUAGAUUCAACAUUUUGUAACGAACUGCAGUAUUGGGAGGAAGAGAAAUGGGCAAGAGCAUGCAGAAACGUGGUUAGAAAGCAAAACGAAGCUUUUGUGAAAACGAAUCAAUCCCAAGUUGUUGGAUGA